AACAAGUCAUAACAGCGUAACUCAGCUCAAAACCCCUGAGUCGUGCGCAGCUCGUAAGUGACUGAAAAGCCAAAACCGAAUCACAGAAGAAACAAUGUCGAUCGCUUUUUCCUUCGUCCCUCCUUCCUCCCAUUCUCUUUCUUCUCAUUCUCCUUCCACUCCCAAAUCCCUCCCUCCCAUUUCCUUCUCCUCAUCUUCUCUCCAUCUCCGUCUCACUCCCUCUCCCUCUCCUUCUCUCCGCCUCAACCGCCGCGCAGAUCCUCUCUUCAUUCUCCAUUCCACCGACUCCGGCGGAGGUUUCGGCGGUCACGAUGAUGGCGGCUCCUUCGGCGGACACGGUGGCGGCGGUGACGGAGACGCCAAUGACGACGGAGAACACAAUGACGGACAUGGUGGACUUAACGAGGCGCUGUUGUUGUUGGCGCAAGCAGGUAGGUCGUUGGAGAGUGUGCCGGCUGACCUAGCUUCCGCUAUCAAGGCAGGGAAGAUUCCUGCCUCCGUUGUUGCAAGAUUUCUGGAGCUUGAGAAGUCUCCGCUCAUGCAGUGGUUGCUUAAGUUUACCGGUUUCAGAGAGCGUCUUCUCGCGGAUGAUCUCUUCCUUGCGAAGCUUGGUAUGGAGUGCGGCGUUGGCGUCAUUGCAAAGACUGCUGCUGAAUAUGAUCGCAGGAGAGAGAACUUUUUCAAUGAGCUUGAAAUCGUGUUCGCCGAUGUGGUCAUGGCUAUACUUGCAGAUUUCAUGUUAGUUUAUCUUCCUGCGCCUACUGUUUCUCUUAGACCACCACUUGGAGUUAGUGCAGGGGCUAUUUCUAAAUUUUUCCACAACUGCCCAGAUAAUGCAUUCCAGGUUGCUCUCUCUGGAACAUCAUAUUCCUUGUUGCAGAGAUUUGGUGCAAUUGUGCGUAAUGGGUCCAAGCUUUUUGCAGUUGGAACUGGCGCAUCACUGGUUGGGACAGCUGUGACGAAUGCCUUAAUUAAUGCAAAGAAGGCUGUUAACAAGUCUUCUGCAGAGGAAAUUGAAAAUGUUCCCAUAUUGUCUACCAGUGCUGCUUAUGGUGUUUAUAUGGCAGUUUCAAGCAAUCUCAGGUACCAAGUUCUUGCGGGAGUUAUUGAACAGAGGGUUCUAGAACCAAUGUUGCACCAGCACAAACUUAUACUUGGUGCUCUUUGUUUUGCUGUCCGAACCGGCAAUACAUAUUUGGGUUCAUUAUUAUGGGUGGAUUAUGCUCGUUGGAUAGGAGUUCAGUAGGCCCAAGACAAAGAUAGUGACUUGGAUCUUUCUUGAUGGAGAUCAUUUAUAUCAAGAAGCUUGUUUUCUUUACUAGUUGACAUCACAAAACAAAUUAGCAGAGUAGCCCAAUAGUUUUUUAUUUCUCUAUAUUUGUUUUAUAUGCUCAUUGCCGAGCACUCGAGUUAUUUUUUGUUUUUUCUCAUAAGUUCCCUCAUUCAAUUGAUGUAACGAGGAUGAUAACAAAUAUAUUUUUAAUCUUUGGGAACAAGGAUACAGUUUGAAACUAGAUGAGAGAUGGUUGUAGCAGGUUGAAAGAUAUUAAAGAAACAAGUAUUUUCUUACUGGUAAAAGUAAUCAUCUGCUUUUGAA